AAAAUGCCAGUUAAUUUUUUGUAGUUAAAAGUACCUCCCUAACCGAAGGCGGGUAUCAUGCGAUUAAUUAUUUUCCAAGUUCUACUUUUGGUUGGCAUUGCUAUAUGCCAAACCCAAAAGCCAUUCGCAUUUUCCUCAUUCGGUCGUCAAUCAAGUUCGAUAAACAGAGGGCGUUAUCAACCAGCGUUACGAACCACAACUUAUCGUCCAUACCGUACAAGUUCAUUUGGAAAUGUAGCCACCUCAAACAAACGUGUGGACAACAGUGGUCGUUACACUCCAGGUAACGAUGGAGGUCGUUAUAAGGCAGUAGCCGAUGGUCGUUACAAACCAGUAACCGAUGGUCGCUACAAACCCGUUACCGAUGGUCGCUACAAACCAGUAACCGAUGGUCGAUACAAACCCGUUACCGAUGGUCGCUACAAACCAGGAGCCGGUGGUCGUUACCAAGCAGGUGAUGCUGGUAAAUAUAAAUACACAGAUGCAAGUGGACGAUACAAGGAUUCAGGGCAUGGAAAAUAUAUUAAUGGCAAAUAUGUAGAUGGUCCAUAUGUUGAUGGAAAAUACGUUGGAGAUAAUUCAGGUUUUUAUGAUGGUAGCGACAAUCCUUAUCAGCAUAAAGAUGUUGGAGGUGGACAAUACAAAGGAGAAAAUGUUCCAUAUGAACCAUAUAAGGAUAAACAAUACCCAGGAGGUGCUUACAAAGGAGACAAAUCAGGAAGUGGAUAUCAAGGCAGUCAAACUCCUGAUCAAGGUGCGAAAGUUGAAUCCAACUCUGCUGUCUAUCGACCAUCAACAUCUGGUGUUGGAUUACCAGCCGCUGAUUCCAAAUACGUUGAUAGUGCAGGAUAUUCUACCUUAGGUGUACCUCAAGGUCUAGAAAAAUCCAAUGCUGAUGGCUUAUAUGAAAAAUAUAACUACGGUAUCGUUAUCAACAAUAAAGACAUCUCUCCAGAAGGCGAAUACCAUUACCAAUAUGAAACUGAAAAUAAAAUUUUUGGUGAAGAAAAGAGUGAAGUAGUUUCGGACCAGGAAGAACACAAAAGUGGAUAUUACAAAUAUACUGGACCAGAUAGUAAUGUGUACAUCGUUACCUACAAGGCUGGUGUUGAAGGUUUUGUCCCAGAAGGCAAACACAUUCCAACUGCACCCCCUAUACCAGAAUUAAUUCAACGGUCUUUAGAUUUAAAGCGGAAAAUGGGUUUAUUGUAGAAAAAUAUUCCUAGAAAAAAAUUCUGUAAUACAGAAUUUGC